AUGGCCAAGAAGAGGAUUGCGGUCAUUGGAGCUGGGGCGAGUGGCUUAGUCUCCAUCAAAUGCUGCUUGGAUGAAGAUCUGGAGCCUGUGUGCUUUGAGAUGACCAGUGACAUUGGGGGGCUCUGGAGAUUCCAGGAGCAGCCUGAGGAAGGCAGGGCCAGCAUUUACAGGUCUGUGAUCAUCAACACUUCCAAAGAGAUGAUGUGCUUCAGUGACUUUCCCAUCCCAGAUGACUACCCCAACUACAUGCACAAUUCCAAGAUCAUGGAAUACUUCCGGGUGUAUGCUAAGCAUUUUGACCUUCUGAAGUACAUCCGCUUCAAGACUAAAGUACAUAACAUCAGCAAGUGCUCAGACUUUGCUCAAACAGGCCAGUGGAAUGUUGUCAUAGAGACCAAUGGGAAACAAGAGUCAUCUGUUUUUGACGGGAUCAUGGUUUGCACCGGCCACCAUACCAAUGCCUACCUGCCGCUGCGCUCAUUCCCAGGCAUAGAAAAAUUCAAGGGGUGCUACUUCCACAGCCGAGAUUAUAAGGACCCCAAAGAGUUCACAGGAAAACGGGUUGUUGUAAUCGGCAUAGGGAAUUCGGGGGUGGAUAUUGCUGUGGAGAUCAGCCAACUAGCCAGCCAGGUUUUCCUUAGCACCAGACGUGGAGCCUGGAUCAUGAAUCGUGUUGGGUAUGGAGGAGAGCCCCAAGAUACUUAUUUUAACAGGCGCAUCGUCUACUCCUUCCUCAAAUACAAUUUCAUUCGAAGGUCUAUCCACUUUAUAGCACAGCAAACAGUAAACACAAAGUUUGACCAUGCCAUGUACGGACUCCAGCCUCAGCACAGUCUUGACAGCCAGCAUCCAACCAUCAACGAUGAAAUCGCAAACCGGAUCAUUUCUGGCCGAGUGGUGGUGAAACCAAACAUCAAGGAGUUCAGCGAAACAUCUGUCCUCUUCGACAACGGCAGCAAGGAGGACGAUAUUGAUUUUGUUAUUUUUGCCACGGGAUACAGUUUCUCCUUUCCUUUCCUUGAUAACUGCAUCAGUGUUGUUGACAACCACGUCACCCUGUAUAAAUAUGUCUUUCCACCUCACUUGGAGAAGCCAACCCUAGCGAUCAUUGGCCUUGUCCAGCCUCUGGGGGCUAUCAUGCCCAUUUCAGAAAUGCAGGCCCGCUGGGUUACACGUGUGUUUAAAGGGCUGUGUGGACUGCCUUCAGCAAGUGAAAUGUUGGAUGACAUUCGCUCCAAGGAAAAGAAAAUGGCCAAACGGUACGUGAGAAGUCAUCGGCACACAAUCCAAGUGGACUAUAUCGCAUACAUGGAUGAGAUAGCUGCUCUGAUCCCUGCGAAUUUCAAUGUAUGGCGGCUUUUCCUCACGGAUCCUAAGCUGGCCUGGUUGGUUUUCUUUGGGCCGUGCUCACCAUAUCAGUACCGUCUGGAAGGACCAGGAAAAUGGGACAAUGCCAGAAAAGCUAUCCUGACCCAACGGGAACGGAUCGUGAAACCCUUUAGGACCAGGGCAGUAUGUGACUCCACCCACCAAUCCAAACAGCAUUUUUUCUUUAAGGCCUUGUUAGCAGUUGCUCUAGUUACCGCAUUCCUAGGAUGGUUCAAAGCAUUGUCUGCCUUUGUUAUAUAGUAAUAUUCUGAGGACAACAGAGAUUUUCUGCUUGGGAUUUUAUUUAUCUUGGGAUUUUAUU